GGCGCGAGUUGGCAGCCUGGCAGGUGAGCGAGGCUGCGAGAGAGGAGCGGUGGAGUCAGUAUUUUCCUGGUCGGUGUGGUGUUAGUCCGCGCGUCCCCGGGCCCCCUCUCGUGACUCGCCUCAGCCCCCCUGUGUUGUAUCGUGAUCGCCCAGUGUUGCACAUAAGAGGCUACCUUGAGGCCGAGGUGCCACCAGUGUGUUGCAGCAAGAGGGAGACACCUUUGUCGCACAAAUUCUAAACAGUAGGUCAGGGAAACAUCACAUGUGAUCGUCAGUAUUUGGUCACCAAUACCAAACAUGCCGUCCUACUCCUACAAAGUUAAUGACCCCAUCAGUCCCAUCUCGUAUAAACAGCGGACAGUAUCCCCACCCACCAGUAGUCCGGCAGGGAACGGAACUGCUGAACAGCAGACCAAUGGCUAUGCUGCCAAUGGCACAGAAGAACGCUGGAGACAGAACUAUGUGCCAACACCAUAUGAAUCUUACAAGACAAAUGGGACUGGAUCCACCCAACCCAUGGAGGCAGAGUCUGGCUCAUCAGAAGAUGUUGGAAGAGGACACUGGGGAUCUAAAGCAGAGUUUGUGCUCUCCUGCAUUGGCCUGUCUGUUGGCAUUGGAAAUGUCUGGCGGUUUCCAUACCUUGCCUAUGAGAAUGGUGGAGCGGCUUUCCUCUUCCCAUACAUUAUUCUGCUGGUGCUAAUCGGAAAGCCCAUGUACCUGAUGGAAACUGCUUUGGGACAGUACAGUCAACUGGGACCCAUGAAUGUUUGGCGCUGUGCCCCAGUCAUGCAAGGUGUGGGCUUUGCCAUGGUGAUCUUAUCUCUUAUCACAGCCAUAUACUACAACCAGCUCAUGGCCUACACACUCUACUAUAUGUUUGCAAGCUUUGCAUCUCAGGUUCCAUGGGCAGAUUGUGAUCCUAAAUGGGCUGAUGAAAAUUGCUUUAAAGUGGGAGGACUGUACCCGUGUGCCCGAUACAACCUUUCUGGCCCAACUGAUACUGUUAACUGCACCACCAAAAGUGAAUCUUCAGCAACUCAGUUUUGGCAGAGAGGUGUGUUGCGUUUGGACAAGGGUGGCCUAAGAGAAUUUGGUGAUAUUGGUGAGAUCCAGUGGGACUUGACUCUGUGUCUCCUCCUGUCAUGGGUGGUUGUGUUCCUCUGCCUGAUGAAAGGUGUCAAGUCCUCAGGAAAAGCUGUCUACUUUACUGCUACUUUCCCUUAUUUCAUCCUCAUUGCCUUGCUCGUUGUUGGGGUGAGGCUAGAAGGAGCAAUGAAGGGCCUGACAUUCUUAUUUGUACCACGCUGGGAUGAACUUUUCAGCGUAAAUAUCUGGAGAAAAGCAGCAGAACAAAUGUUUUUCUCACUAUCAGUAUCAUGGGGUGGACUGAUAAUGUUUGGAUCCUACAACAAAUUUAGAAACAAGGUUCACAUUGAUGCAUUCAUUGUAUCAUCACUGGACUUCAUCACCUCCCUGAUAGCUUCUGUUGCUAUCUUCUCCGUCCUGGGUGCCAUGUCUCAUGACUUGGGGAUUGACAUUAGAAACCUUGCUGCCUCUGGUCCAGGUUUGGCUUUCAUAGCUUAUCCAGAAGCUAUUUCCCGUACACUUCCAAUCCCUCAGCUGUGGUCAGUCCUCUUUUUCUUCAUGCUGUUUACACUUGGGCUUGAUUCAGAAUUUGCUCUAUUAGAAACUGUGUUGACAGCCAUCUAUGACACCUUCCCAAGGUCACGUUCUCACAAAAUCAAGUUAACUGGCUUACUUUGUGUCUCCUGCUUCCUGUUGGCAAUACCUCUCUGUGCCACACUUGGCCAGUAUAUCUUUUCCCUGAUGGACACAUUUGGUGGUGGUAUUGGUGUGCUUCUCAUUGCUACCUUUGAGUUGAUUGCCCUACAUUGGGUGUAUGGAGUGAGGCGUUUCAGUGAUGAUCUCAAGUUUAUGAUUGGAUACAAUCCUUCCAUGUUCUGGAAAGUCUGCUGGGUUUUUAUUGCACCAGUGUCUCUUAUAGUUUUGUUUGUUUACUCAGUUUUUAUAUGGGAAAAUCCCACGUAUAAUGGAGUUGAAUAUCCAGACUGGGGAAUAGCUGUUGGCUGGUUUUUGGCAGCGAUAUCUGUGGGCAUGAUCCCUCUGGUAUUUGUCCUUACCUUUUUGAAGAUGCUUUUUACUGGGAAAAUCAGAGACCUCUUCAAGCCAGCUAGCAACUGGGGCCCAGGCUGCCCAGAAGCACGAAAAAUGCUCCUGGCAUCCCAUGCAAAUUUCGAUAUGAAUGAAACUAAAUAUGGUAUUGACAAUCCUGCCUUGGAUAGUAGAUAUUAUGCACAAUAGUUUUAGAAAUACUUUGGCAUCUGCUAAGAUAAUAUUUUAUUAUUAUUAUUAUUAUUAUUAUUAUUAUUAGUGUGUGUGUGUGUGUGUGUGUGUGUGUGUGUGUGUGUGUGUGUGUUUGAAUGUCUUUGUAAUGAUAGUGAUGUUUAUCAGGGGACCUGCUCACAUUCAUCUAUCUUUGAUAGUCCCAUUUAGUCAUGGACGCCGACUAUAAACCAGAGGACAUUGGCCAUUCCUUAUAGAGGUCUCCUCAUUAGGAAGUAGGCAUUAGACAUGAAUUAUUAUUCUCACCAUAUAUAUAUAUAUAUAUAUAUA